GCCUGAACUGAACGCGAUCGCCUAACGCGCUCUGCCUCGACAGCGCGACCAUUUCGACGUUAUAUUUAUUUUUAGUUCACAAGUCUGGGUCCGGUCCCCGUGUCGUGUCGCGAAAAUCUAACGGGUGUUGCUAAUUUGUAUGUUGGUUUUUGGAGUCCAAAUAUCAGCUUCCAAACGGAAGUUUUCCGUUGCCCCUCCGGGUUUUUCGUUCCGCCCACUUAGCCCCAUCUAGGAAAAACCGAAUCGAAGAAGGGCUGAAGGCGCAGUUUUGGAGCAGAGUGUCCGUGUGCAUGUGAUGUGCCCCUGAAGCUAAAGUGUCAAAUUCCAGCGGUGGCAAAUGUCGUGUGAAAAGCCGUGAUCGACGUCAAGGUUGACACUUGGAAUAUGUGAUCGUUUGCGCUUUGCCUUUUUCCGCGAAACCAUUCCCGGGUAAGGGGGGAUGAUUGUGGCGUUUACCUAGAAGUGGUUCGGGGGGAUGAUGGGGGUAUCAAGGUUGGAAUGUGAUGGUUCUCUGUAUGAGAAAUGAGAUCUUCGGCCGGUGUUCUUGGGUACGUAGAAUUUUUUUUACUUCUGUUUGUUACUCUGCCAUGAGAAAAAUCAUUUAGAGCGGAAGUGCAGCUGCCAAAUGAGGAUCAGCAGCUCGUUGGCGAAAAAUUCAUUGAAGGAAAUUUAUUGAAUGGAAACAGUCAGUUUUCUGACGUGUUGCUCGUCGAUCAUCGUUGAUUGUUUUGAAAGGUUGAAAAUAAUCGAAACUCCAGCAGUUUGAACCAAUCGAAGGUUGUCAACACGUGAUUGUCGAAACCUUUGAGGGUAUUAAUUCAGUGUUUGUUCGUAUUUCAAUUUUAAAAUCAGUUCCAAGUGAUAUCUAAGUGAAAACAAAAGUGUGCUCAAAACGAUUGUUUUUUUUCAAGAAAAUUCAUAAGUCUCAUAUCUAUUACAGUGAAAAAAAAUGUAAUGAAAAUCUGUCUUCUACAAAUUUAAUCACCACAAUCUUAAAUAGAAAAUAACAAAGGAAACAAACCAGAAGUGAAACGCAAAAUUUUCAUUUUCGAGCAAACGUAAACGUCGAAACAGCAACAGCAGUCAGCAGCACAGCAAGUAAAACACAGAGGAGAGAAAAUAUAAAAUAAAUCAAAACUAAAUAGAAAAAAAAUAACGAAUCAGCAGCAGCAGGAAAAAUGCUGAAACACAAAAACCACCACCGGCAUCAUCGCCACAACACAACCUACAAGCCACCGUUCAUGAGUCGGAAAAAUCGGAGGGGUUCAGCGGAUUCCAAUUAUUCUCAACCAUCGUCCGAUCUGUCGCUAGACGAGGAAAAAGAAUCGCUUCGGCGAGAGAAGGAACGUCAGGCCUUAGGCCAGUUGGAUAAAGCGAGGAGUAAACCUGUUGCAUUCGCUGUGAGGACAAACGUAUCGUACGAUGGCAGUUUGGAUGACGACUCGCCGGUGCACGGCAGCGCAGUUUCGUUCGAGGUCGGCGACUUUCUUCAUAUCAAGGAGAAAUAUGACAAUAACUGGUGGAUUGGGCGAUUGGUUAAAGAAGGCUGUGAAGUGGGGUUCAUUCCCAGUCCCGUUAAGCUAGAACACAUACGAAUGCAGGCAUCGGCGGCGCGCUCAUCCAAGCUGUAUACAAGUAAGGGAUCAUCAUCUAGCGGUAAUUUAGGAGCACCUGGAGUACCAGGUGCGGAACCAUCACGAGGUAGCACACCCCCAACACCUGGAGAUGACAGCGACUCGAUGGGUGCCUCCCGACAUGGCAAAACGCCGCUCGCCACGCCACCAACCAAGGAGAAGCGGAAACCGUUCUUCAAGAAACAGGAAACAUCAUCACCAUAUGACGUAGUGCCAUCAAUGAGACCAGUCGUACUUGUGGGUCCAAGUUUAAAGGGUUACGAGGUGACCGACAUGAUGCAGAAGGCGUUGUUUGAUUUUUUAAAGCAUCGAUUUGAAUCAAGAAUUAUUAUAACCCGUGUUCAAGCUGAUAUCUCGUUAGCGAAGCGUUCCCUGAUGAACAAUCCAUCGAAACGAGCGAUAAUGGAGCGUUCCAACAGUAGGUCAUCUUGUUUAGCAGAAGUGCAGGCUGAAAUCGAGCGGAUAUUCGAGUUAGCGAGAACACUUCAAUUAGUUGUACUUGAUUGUGAUACAAUAAAUCAUCCGUCACAAUUAGCGAAAACAUCAUUAGCGCCAAUAAUAGUUUAUUUAAAAAUAGCUAGUAGUAAGGUAUUACAAAGAUUAAUCAAGUCACGUGGCAAAGCUCAGGCGAAAAAUUUAUCAGUACAAAUGGUAGCUGCUGAGAAAUUGGGUCAAUGUCCGCCGGAGAUGUUCGACGUCAUCCUGGACGAGAACCAGCUCGAGGAAGCGUGCAACCAUCUGGCAGAAUAUCUAGAGGCAUACUGGAGAGCCACCCAUCCUCCCAUACGACCAACUCCAUCUUCUGUUCCUAGACCUUUGCCGUCCCAGGAAGCGUCUCCAUCGGGCGAACAGCCCGGCCGAAUGGGUCCUCCACCUCCGCCUGACUCUAGAGAUCGUUACGGAUACAGAAAUGAUCGAGGAGCAUCAUAUCAUCACAAUAGAAAUAGCAGUAGUAGUAGACGGCCAGCGUCGAAUCGCCACGACAACCGGGACCGGGAUCGGCUGGAUCGAAUCGAGCGGGAUCGUGACCGGGAUCGGGACCGGGAACGAUUGCACGCCCGGGAACGGGACAUGCUUCACUACGACAUCAACGAUGACGAUCUGCUGAACGAGCGCAACUACGGACCAUCGGAUUAUGGCGGCGGCGGAGGAGGCGGUGGGGGCGGAAUGAUACGAGGCGACAGUCGGGACAUUCGGGAUCUGCGGGAGCGGGACAGCAGGAUGCAGCACAUGGCCGGUGGGAUGGGCGUUGCCAGUAGUAGUAGUAGUAGUAAUAGACACAACCUGAACAGCGACAUGCUCGAUCACGAUCGCGAGCUAAUACGAGACCCUAGGGGGGAUCCCCAUGGCCGGGGGGACCCGCGCUAUCCGAUCGCACAGCCCCAGACAUUGGUGGCCCCACCAUCGUCUCAGUCGGUUCGGCGCGGCAUCGAGCGGACGGAUGCUCGGGAUCGCGACGACUACAGUCCGCAUCGAGGAGGCGGUAAUAAUAGAAGAGUAUUGAACGCCAUGUAGGAAUCGUGGAUAUAGGGAUGGGAUCAGGAUGAUGAAUCUGCAGGCGAAGAAAAGCUCGUCCAGGACAGCGAAGAGGACGACGGCUUCGAGUAUGACGAGUUCUACUGAGCGUGCGCUGGCUGUGGGAAGUGGUUCAAGCAGCAAAUACUUCAAAACGGGUCGACGAUAGAACAUAAUAACAACACACAACAACCAAACAAAAAAAAAAAAAAAACAAAACUAACAGCUCAACGCUCGAUACAAUUCGUUAACUCCUAAAACACAUACAAUUCUGCACAGUAAAACAAACGAACUUAGAUAAAAAAAAGUAAAGACAACUUGUAAAAUAAGACACAAACACACACACAAAAGUAAUCUUACUAGAAGGGAGAUAUUGAGACUCACACAAUCGAAUUCACCACACCACUACUCAGAGCACACACUCACCAAAACGUAAUCGAUCACUCACACAAACAGCAAUCACAAACAAACAAUACAGAACUCUACACACACCACACAAAGAGAUAGGUGAGAAUCAAAGCAAAAGAAUUCGUUUACAAUGCAGAAUAACAACCAACAAAAAAAAAGAUCACGUAUGUAUGUGAAAGUGUGCGAAUGCCAAUGCCGUCGUUCGUGAAUCAUCCUGAUCCAUUCCUAUUGUGUAUAAAACAAAACAAAAAAAAAAAAGAAUCAAAGAUGAAUGAACAAAAAAUACUCAUUUCUAUAUAAUACCGCUUUCAUCAUUUUUCCUUCCAUUGGGUAUUUUGCGACCAAGAAAAAUCGUUUCCCGAUUGUUUGUCCGGUCGAAUCUGGACACGACCGGUUUCGAACAGGCGCCCAUUCGGAUUCACCUUUUUUUUUCGAAGGUUUUAUGGGUUUUUGGUGCAUGUUUUUUCGUAACUCUAAUCAACAGCUCGUCCAAUGGCGGGUGUAUAGUUGGCAGACAAACUUUAAAUGGAAGUUGGAAAUGUGAACGUGAUACUCAAGUGUAAACGUUUUGUUGGAAAAAUCUAACAUUUGUUUCCUUUUGAUUGCAAUGAGUUUCUGUGCAUCAUUGAAAUGAAAUUUUACUGUUAAUGAAAAAAAAUCAGAAUGGUUAAAUUUGGAAUGAGCGAAGUUCAUUUAGAAAGUAUCGCUCUUUAGAUUACGGAGAACUCUCUACACAGUAAACGAAAAUUACCGAGUUCGGUAAUUUUUUUACCGAAAUCCUAACAUGUGGGAAUCGUUAAACUGUUCGGUUUUUUUUUCGGUAAAAAAUAAACGAACAUCGGUAAAUCGAUUCUUCAUUUACCGAUGUUCUUUUAUUUUUUACCGAAAAAAUUACCGAACAGUUUAACGAUUUACACAUGUUAGGAUUUCGGUAAAAAAAUUACCGAACUCGGUAAUUUUCGUUUACUGUGUAUCGAUUACUUUGGGUUAUAACUAUUACAAAUUUCAACAACUUUAGCUAAUACUCGCUAAUACUUACUCGCUCCAUUUUGACACUGUUUAUAAAUGCCCAAAAAUUUCAGAAUUCAGCUUUUCAGAGUUUUGUAUCGAAUUUCCUCCAAACGGGAUAUACACUUCUUCCAAAGUAAGCCACCAAAAACUAAAAAAGAACAACGAUUGAAAGUCCUCAGGCAAUCGCUGCACUCUGAAUCACCUUAGAUAUCAUGUAGGACUUCAGUCAAAUUUCUUUGCGUAACGUCAUCGUGAAUCUCUCCUAACAAGGGGAAAAAGUGAACGUGGUACUCGAGCAUAAACUGCUUGCAGGAACAAUUCACUGCUUCCUGAUUAAAAUUCGGAAGUUUUGACAACCUCCAAAAUGACCUAGUUUUGUCACGUUGAUCGAGUUCAAUAAUUUUAAUUACAUAUUUUUAUAUUUACUUUGCUUUUUAAACAUUAGAUCUUGAUGUUAAACAAACUCUAAUGUUGCGGCCACCUUGUUGGAAAUGUGAACGUAGUACUCAAGCGUAAACAUUUUGCAAGAAAGAGCAAAAAAUGACUUCUAUCAGAUUUCAACCAGUUCUUAACGUUGAAGAACCCUUUAUUGUCAAACUUAAAGAGUGUCUGAAUCGUAAUCACGAGGUUCGUUCAGAAGAAGCGCUCUCUUGAUUUCCAAUAAAGAGGUUUCGAUUUACUUGGUACGCGAUCUUAAAAUUUCCGGCUGGCCAUAAAAAACUGGACUGUGUUAUUUGAAAAGUCGAUGCGUUAUUUAAAGUCUGAUUAAUAAAUUGAUUAAUAUAAAGGCUUUAAGCAAUUGUUUCUUGUAACCACACCGUGAAUAUCCACUAACAAGAGAAAGAGUGGACGGGGUACUCAAGCUUAAACUGUUCGUAAGAAACAAUUGUACCAACAUUCAGAGGAAAAAAACACGACAAAAAAGAGCACCGAAAACCUGUUAAACGAUCGUAAAUCAAACGAAAGGGCGUCCUAAAUCGAAACCGAAAUCAUUCGCCGAAAAAAAGAUGCAACGUUAGCUUCUCGCCGCUCGCAACAGGCUCUUUAGUUUCCACGACUCUGGCAACGUCCGCAAUAGAGCAUGCUACUGUUAUAGUUUUUAAUGCGCAUAGUUUAUUGUUAUUUAUAUUUUUUUCAUCUUUCUUUUAGUCAGUACAAUGUUUAGCAGCAAAACAAUAGAAUCAAACAGCCAACACUCAUAUAACCGAAAAAAAACCAAAGACUGUUAGUCAAAACUGUUAAUUUUUUCCUAGUUUUCGACCGAGAUGUUUAAAUAAUUCCGAGUUUUAGUUCCCAAUAGAUUUUUAUUUCUCAAAAUGGAAGUUAGCUCCAUUUUUGUUUCUACUCUUCCAAUUGUUCAUUGUUACACAUUAUUAGGUAAAAAGACGGUUAAAAGUAGACAUUGUUUUGUUAAACCCUAAACAUGCUGGAAUCAUUGUCAGGUGCGGGUCCAUCCAAUUUGACCCUCGUUUAACAAAUGAUUCGGGCGUGGAGAGGUUCAAUUAGUGAGUUAAUUUUUCGUUGCUUUUAAUAUCUUUAUCAAUGCUGCUCGCUGGAUGUCUAUAAUCAUCAGAAAACUGCACUAGUUCUAAGUUUGAUAGCAAUAUUUUGUUUUGUUGAAGCUGCUUUAGUUUAAUGUUGUUUAAACACACAUACACACACAUAUCGUUAGCUUUGUUAUAUCCCAAACUUAGUGUUUGUUUCUGUGUUAUAUUUUCCACAUUGGGCGAAAAAAUGAUGAAUCAUUUUUAUAUAGGAAUAGAUGUACAUUGAUAUAGCGAUUAAACUUAAUUGUAAUUCGAGUAUGAAAUAAACAAAAAAAAACCAACAUAGUUGUAAAGAACCAUUAACUUAAAAAAGAAAGAAGAAUCUUCGGCAUCAGUUUUUGUAUUACUUAACCGAACAAGGGAAAACAAAAGAGACGAGGAGAAACCAUUCAACCACAGUAGAAAAGUUUUUUCCCGAACGUAAUUCUUGGCUGCUUGUUUCAUCGAUUUUCGAUAGGCUUUCCACAAACCAAUAGAAGCGAAAAGAGUUCAUCCAAGUAUGAUAUUGAUUUCCGAUUUCCUCAGUUUCGGUACUCAAAAAAAAAACAAUCGUUGAUCCUUAGAAUUAUUCCAAUCGAACAGCUACACACACACACUAGGGGAGAGGUGGAGGAAAUGAUUUUUUAUCUGUGCCAAAACAAUAGAGGAAGGAUUAAACGAAAGCACGAAGGAAAAUUGUAAAGUUGAACAAAGUUUAGCACAUCCACACACAAAACAAAAACACCGGCGUAGAAGCGUAGAAUUAGGUUUGGUUUCGUUCGGUUGCUCAUUAGAGUUAUUGAAGUUAAACGAAAAGGGAUUAUUUCGAAUUUUUAAGUGAUUCUUCUCAAAUGAGAGCCUUUAGAAAGUUGAAGUUCGUUUAGGGCGAACAGUUUUUCUUCGCACGGGUUUUGUUGUUUACCAAACUCACCAACAAAAACAUUGAACCGAAUUUUAAAGUUUUUCUCAAAAAAUAAAAAAUCAAUAAAAAGCUCCUGCUGCAGCGUAAAUGCAUAUAAAUAUAAAUAAUGAAAGCUUUAAAUUUAACUAUAGGACAAAAUGCGAUUGAAUUACAUCAUAAAAAUACACCCAGAAACAGAACGUUGCUGAGUGCAUUUCGUACGAAUGAUAAUAUUUUGUAAAAAAAAACACAGAUAAUUAAAAACAUUGUAUUAAGUAAAUCAAAUCGAUCAAGAAGCAUCUUAUUGAAAAACCUAUUUUUACGAAUCAUUUCCCGCAGUGAUUCCAGCGUUUAAUCCAAAAACAAAAGUAAAUUACUGGAAAAUAUAAGAGCUUGAAAUUUAAUCUGUUCAUUUUGAAUUUAGAACCAUUAAAUGCAUAAGAAUGGACGCCAGACGAAAAUGUUGAAAGAAGAAAAAUGUUGAAAAGGAAAACAAAAACACAAACAGAGCGCGGAAACAGUAAGAGAACGAAAGGUCGAUUGAAAAGAGUUUAUAAACACAUAAUAGUACUUUUACCUGAUGUUAAGGUUUCGACUUUAAAGUAAAACAAGCCACGCUUACAAUGCGCUUAUGCUGUUGCACAUUCAAUUUGCGUUCCCUCUCUCUCUCAUCUUGGCAAUAAUAAAACUCCUAACUUUGUAAAUUCUCCGACUUUUUUGAAAGAAAACAAAAAUACACGCUUAUUUCAAGUUCACAACUCGAAGGUGUUGCGUUUACGCAAACUGAAUUUUCCCCUUCCUUUAUUCACGUACAGAGCCGUUACAAAACUUAUGAAAUCGGCUAGAUCCGUUGCAGUUCCAAAUCCGAGCAUGUACAGACAAACCUCGUUAUAAUUCCUCAACAAGUGCGCAGAAAUCGAUAACAAAAAACUAUUUUACUUUCAUUGACGUUUGUUAGAUUCAUAAAGCGCAGACUCUUAUUAAACAGAAAGAUAAAAAACCACACACUCACACAGAAAGAUGAUAAUCAGCUUCACACUCCAAGGCCGACCAAAUUUUUGCUUAAACUGUUGAAAUAUUUGCCAUUGUUGACUCUCCCCUCGUUAAUAAAUAGAUAAUCCAUAAAAAAAAAAAUCACAUUGGAAAGCUACCAGAAACAGAAAACAACUUACACCGACUCACUCAAACGACGAUAGCGCAAAAUCCUUCAAACCAAAAUAAACUUGGUAAUAGAAAACAUCUGCAUAGAAAGGUUAAACUCCCAAAAACAAAAAAAAAAAACCAACACACAGCACACACGAACUCAAACUAAUCGAAAAGUGAACUUGUGAUUACGUACCACUACUGCUAAUAAUAAAUACUAGAACCGAAGAACGAACUAAACGAACGCAAGAAACCGAAAGAGAAAACUGAAGCAGCAACAAGGAGGUAGCGAGCGAGGACUCUAAUAGUUAAAACAAAACAUUGUAAAAAGUAAACAAACAAACCAAAACAAAACAAAAAAAAACCGAAACAAUCGAGAAUCGCGCGUUGUAAAGUUGGGAGAGCAUGUGAGACGACGGAGACGAAGAAAGAAGAACAUUUAAGAACAAACAAAGAAAAAAAAAUACAUUGCUAUAUACCAAAUGCCUUGCACUGAUAAAAUUAUGUAUUGAGAUUAUUGAAUUACAACAAAACCGUGAACAACAACAACAACAACAACAACAAAUCAAACACUUCGAACAUUAUACAUACACACACACACAUAAAAACACUCACCGAACAGACGAACAUACUCCCAUACAUCCUACACACAGAGUAAGUAGAUGACACAUCUACAAACAAACUUAAUCAUCCGGUGAUGUCUAGA